AUGAAGCCUACAGCCAAAGUCUUUGAAUUUUUGAAUUAAUACAAUUAUUAUCUACCUUAAAACCUUGAGCAUGUAUAAAAAAUGUAUCAAUCAUACAAAUUACUAGGUUUUAUGAAUAAAUGGUUUAACAUUUACAAUUAGGAGAUAGUUUUAAAAAUUCCUUUAUAAGUCAAAUAUCACAGAUUAAUCAAAAAGCAUAAAGAGAACCUGAAUUCAGAUAAUUGAUACGAAAUACUUGGUUUGGAUUUGUUAAUAAAACACCCAUUAAUAUAAUAUGUCCAAUGGUAAGUCAACAAGAAGUAUAGGAUGUCUAGGAUUUCAUUUUAAAAGUCUUAUUAGAACCUUAAUCAUUUGAGAUCAUUUAUGUUGAUGAUUUAUUAUCAGUUUAUGAGGCUUAUUUUUAGUCUGUAUUAAAAUUCUUAUAUAGUAGAAUAAAGGUAUAGUAAAAGUAUAUAUCAGGAAUAGAUUUAGAAUGAUAAUCAGUAGGUUGAUAUGCAGCAAAUUCGUAAAAUAAUUAGAUACUAAAUAUUAAUCAAAGUUUAACUAGUUCUUAUUUCAAAUUUAUCUUAAAAAGAUUGAGACACAAGAUUAAAAUAUAUUAAUUUAAACUGAAUUUUUGACAGAAUCAAAUUUCUAUUAGAAAAUGGUUGAAUAAUUAUUUGAUAUAUCAGAAUUAUAAGGAAAUUUUUCCUACAUUAUUAAGAAUGUGAUUUAAAUUCUUGUUCGUGAAAUUGUUAAUGUAGCAUAAUCAUUUGAAAUUUUCAUUCAAUUCUAUCAUUUGUAUAAUGAAAAAGAUAACAUUUUAUUUGAAAAAUAUGAUCAAAGACUUAAUAUUGAUCUGAAUAAAUUAGCAACUGAAAUCUUUCUAAAAUUCAAAGAAAAUUAAAAUUUAAGAGAAUCAAUUAGAAUAGUAUUUCAAAAAAUUAGCCUAAAUCAAAGCACAGAUUAUAAGAGAUUGUUGAAAGAUUUGGUGUCAAAAGACAUUUAUAAUAAAGAGAAUGAAUAAUGGGUUAGCUUAAUUUUGAGAGAAUAUGAGUAUUAAAUUCAAAGGAAUCGAAAAUAACCUCCUGUUCAAAAUGAUUUUUAAACAUACUUAAGACAUUAAGGAUUCAUAUAGAAAACAGAAAAAAAAGGAGAAUAAGAAUAUGAUAAUCCUAAAUUUAAUUUGAUUAUUCAUGAUUCAACUAAUUUUACCUUGUAUAAUAAAAUGAACAAAGAGACAAAAAAAUUUAUGUAAAUCAAAGAAGUAUAUCAUUAUAUACAAAAUAGUAUCUAGAAUUUUAAUAAUUGA